UCUAUAAAUUCGCAACCUCGGCCACCCUUCUUCCAAAUUCUAUUUUCUACAACCCCAUUUCCAUUCACGAUGACCGAGGAAUUUCAAGAAUCGGAGUUAAUCUUCCCAGAAAAGCCCUCCGGGAACGGAAAAGAACUCCGAUAUCCAAAAGUCGAUAAAAGAAAAUCCGAUAAGAAAAAGCCGAAGAAAAGUUCAGUUCCCAUGAGCAUUCGGGAAGAAUUUUCCGGCAGUUCAUGGAUUCGUCACUAUUUACAAACACAUUCCAUCGACGACGAUGAUGCAGAUGUAGAUGAGAGAGUGCCGCCCCACGUGAUCUUGGAGCGCCGGAUCGCCGGAAAAGCUGCGUUUUCCCUUUGCUCCGGCAACGGGAGGACUUUGAAAGGAAGAGAUUUAAGUGAAGUACGGAAUUCGAUCCUUAGGAUGACGGGAUUUCUAGAAUCCUGACAUUUCUUCUUUUAAAUUUUAGUUUUGGAUUAGAUUGGGUUUUUGGAUUCGAUUGUUGCAUCAAGAUUUUUUUUGCUACACUAAUGAUGUCAUCAAACCAAGGUAGCGUAAGAUUUUGAUUAAAUUCUCCUCAAGAUAACUGAAAUGUAACCGAGUCCAAACUUGAGUUGAGUUUACAAAGAUGUAUGAUUAGUAUAACAAAACAAACAAUUUGUGCUUAAAAAUAUAAUAAAAUAAAUAAAUACAUUAUUAAAUGUUUUUCCUA